UCUGACGUUCCUAAACUCGACUCGUCCCUUUCAUCUGCGAUAUUCCACCUCCUCUAAGAGAGCAGUGUAUAGCAUGGCGCUUUCGUCCCUGUUCCUUCGCAACGUGGCACGGUCGACCUGCUCUGCGGGUCCCGUACAUCAAUUCAGCUCCUCUAGAACCGUUUUGGACGCUUCCAAGGUACCCAUCGCCUUGGUAGCCCAACUGCGCAAGCUCAACCCGAUCUCGCUGUCCAAGGCCCGGGAAGCGCUAUCAGCGUCGGAGAACUCUGUGGAAAAGGCUUUGGAAUGGCUGCAAAAGGACCUCGAGGUGUCCGGGGCUAAAAAGGCGGAAAAAGUUGGACAGAGGUCGACGGAUCAGGGUCUGAUCGGUGUGACCGUGAUGGGCACACGGGCGGCUAUGGUAGAACUUCGAUGCGAGACGGACUUUGUCUCGAGGAACUCGGUGUUCAAGACAUUGGUCCAGGAUGUGACCUCGACGGCGGCGUUUCUUGACGUACCCGAAUCGGAAGCUCUCGACCCUAUCCCCCUCUCUGUUCAGGAUCCCCUUCUCGCCUUCCCAAUCGAGGACCUGCAGAGCGCACCUCUUAUCCCGGUAGACCCUUCAACAUCCUCGGGCCAGGACACCUCGAGCUCGAGCUCUUCGCCAGUGCAGACCGUUUCCCAGGCUAUCCGAGCCGCCAUCACCCAAACCGGGGAAAACAUUCAACUCUCCAGGGCCGUCUCCUUCUCUUCUCCCCUCCCUCCCAUGUUCUCAAGCAGCCCCUCGCUCUCCUCGGAAAAGAAGCCUGAAAUCUUCUACCUUCCCGGAGUCUACGUUCACGGUUCUACCGGAUCUACCAAUGAGGGCACCGUCGCUGCGCUUAGCAUUCUCUCCAUCGAGUCUACCGAUCAGGCUCGUCCGAUCCUCCAGCGGAUCGGGACUGAAGACUCGCUGGGUGCCGACCUACAAAAGCUCGCUAGGAGCGUAAGCCGUCAAAUUGUCGGCUUCCCUACCAAGUCCAUCUCCCGGCCCGAUUUCUCGGCUUGUCAAUCGCAAUCUGAAGAGACAGGGACGGAAGAAGGGGAGAUCUCGCCCUACCUGAUGGAACAGCCGUUCAUGAUGUUCCAAGGAGAAUCGCGGCCGGUACAAGAGGUACUCGGGUCUUGGGGUAGGGACAGGGCGCUCGAUGUGCGGGUGACGGGUAUGCGAAGGUGGACUGUCGGAGAAGCGACCGAGGGCUCGGCAUGAUGCGCUUCUCGCCAAUGUGUCACUCAUCCCGGAUUGAGCGGGAUGAAGCGGAUUUCUUUUCUUGCAUGUAGCCCAAUUCUUCAAAGGGGGCUCCCGCAAACGGCACGUAUGGCAUGUCCAGAGAUCCCUUGGUCUUGUAAUGGACCCUUGUAGCUACAGCUAAAGCACAUCUCCAUACACCAGUUUCUCCGAUCAGAUGGCAAGCAAGCAGUGGUCGAUUCGUUUCUCAGAUUAUUGGCUUGGGUUGCAUGAUAUUAGCCUAGGACGAACUCGAUAUCGUGUGAAGGACAUGACCGUUCAAUGAUCA